CGAUUUGACUCACAAGUCGUCGAUUCAACCUCCCCACCAAAUUCGGUGUCCCUACCGCUAUUGCCAGUUCGUCAACCAGCAGGACACACCACGUCUUGUUUUUGUCAAAAUCGCUCAUUAAGCAGCCAUUUUUCCCGCCCAUUGGCAACAAAAACUCGCGGCCUGCUAUCCACCCCGCCGAACCAAUGGCGCCCGUUCAGGCGAAUUUCGCGCCAAGCUUGGAAAAGCUGCGCAAGUCACUCAAGUCACAACCUCUCGAGACUUCCAUUGAGGCCUUGAUAUCACUACUCAAACGUCGCCAGAUCACCACCCCGCAACAAUGCGCCGUUGCCACAGCCCACAUCCUACUCCAGGUCGUCGCCCGCGGCAGGUGGAAGGAUGUCGACCAGUUGCUCGACAAUGUCCAACAGACCGGUCGCAGAAUUGGCAGUGCGCGUCCAAACGAGCUCGUCAUUGGUAACAUCACAAAACGCGUCAUGGGCCUGAUCCGCGACGAAGCCAUGGAGGACCGCAACGCAGAGGUUGACGACAGCGCCGCACCUAGCCCAGCAAAGGGUGCCGCUUCCCCCGCAAUCAAGGGGACUGCGUCUUCUACACCCCCGGCUAUUCAGGGCACCCCCAGACUUUUGACCCGCCAGUCGACAUUCGCCCAGGCAUCGCCGCAUGUCACGGCACAGUCAAUCUUCAGCACGCUGCUGUCCGAGUCGACGGAUCCCAGCGUGGCCAGUGCGUCCCCGUUCAGAUACUCUGGGGCAUCAACACCCCGUGGCGGCGGUGCAGGGCCUGCAAUCGGUGGGGCCGUGGCCAACAUUGCCUCUCUGCGCAACGAGGUUAUCGAGGGUAUUGAGGAGAUUCUGGACGAGAUAUCACAGGCCGACGAUCAGAUAGCGGCCCUUGGAGACACAUAUAUCAACCCGGACGACUAUGUGAUGGUUUACAAGCCCUCGUCUACGGUGGAGAAAUUUCUCGCGCGCGCAGCUAGAGAGAGGAAGUUUACGGUGCUGAUUGCAGGUGUGGAAGAGGAGGAAAUCUCGUCGGACUCUUCGACCGAAGCAACCGACCCAUACGCUGCGCUGCGGAAGAAAUUAGCCAGCCACAAGAUACCCGUCAUCAACCUGGUUGGCCCGGGAACGAUGGCAUAUUUCCCCCUCACAACCAAGGUCCUCCUCGAUGUUAAAUCCAUCACGGCGAGUGGUGGCGUCCUGGUUGACGCCGGAGCUGGACUCGUAGUUCGGGCCGCGUGCCAAUUCAACAGGCCAGUUUAUGCACUUGCAGGUGUCUACAAGCUAUCGCCAGACGAUCUCGAGGACCCGAAGCCGGUGCUCGAGUGGGGAAACCCAUCACCACACGCGAACUUUGCCGACGGCGCCCUGUUGGAUGGGAUUGAUAUUCGGACGCCGCUUAUAGAGUAUUUGGGCCCUGAAAUGAUCAGCGCCUAUAUCAGCAAUCUUGGAACGACUUCACGGCACAAUCUUCAAAGUAUCAUCAGAGAUCAUUACAAACACGAUGACAUAGCUGUGUUCAUUCAAUAAGUCCGUUUCCGGAUGGGUAACAAUGGAGCGCCGUGGCCGUCAAACCUUUUUUUCCCUAUAUACCAAAUUAGCGCGCAAAGCAAAUCGUGCCGUCGACUUCUCUAUCAGCCGCAACUCGCUUGAGCUCGAUUAGAUUCGGUUGCAAGGUUUAACCUAUCCUCAAUCAAAUAGGAAACGAUAUAGGACGACGUGUUUGUCUUACGCAACAAACUAUGCCGUUUACUAUUUGGAGGGGCGGCAAAAACUAUUGUUGGUCUAAUCUGAUAUGCAGCCUUCCAAUCAUUGGUACAGGGGGUUGUGCUCGCAUUCGGAUUUCGCAUCUCGAUACCGCAUGUGGAAAUACACCAAUAUGGCGUGAGGUGGGGCCGCGUCAGCAUGUGCUCUGAUUGAGUCACAGCCCACUAUGACAAUCUCGGUCUGGCGAUUGGCAUACUAUAUAGUGUUCGUGGCAGAGGCCAGGCUGUGUGUUUGUGGGUGGACGGCGAUGGCGGAGUGACCAAUUGCCGCGCAGUGCUCUAUUCCUUUUCAUCUUAGCGGGGUGAAGGGAUCGAGUCAGGAAAGUUAGGCUCACUUUACAGGGCCAAACUCAAUGGAUUCUCAGUAAGUGAGGGCGCUGCAACUGUGUCCGGGCCCGUCGGUUCGUCUCACAGCCCCGCUACUUUCUCCAGCUCCUGGGGUGACCCUGCAUAUGCUAGCUCCGUUGAUGGGCUGCCAGAGCUUUCUGACGAAACAGCAGCAGUGCACUCUGCAUACCGAUCCGGUUUUCAUGUGGUGUGAUGUCUGACGGGAAGGGAGGACUCCUGUACCUCAAGUCGGAUAGGAUGAAAUAUUCCACUACCCUGUAGGUAGAAAAUGACCA